CCUAUUUGUUAUGCAAGGAUUUUGUCGCAGUACUUCAUUGAAUUCCACAGUGAGUCGUUGAUGCUUCAGCCAUGAAGGUUUUACUAUUCUACUCUUUCGCUAUAUUCACCCUUUGGUGUCUUGCAGAUGCGAAAUUUUUCGAAUUCACAGACUGCACCAAAAAGGAUGGUAUCGCUGAAGUGACCCAGUUCGAAGUGUCUCCAGAUCCUGUGGAUUUGAGGAAGAACAUGACCAUCACUUCACAUUUGAAGAUUCUUCGUGAUGUGCCGAUAGAUGCGAGACUUAGGACUCGCUAUUAUAAACUGAGAAAAGUUUUCGGUGUUGAUAUCGAUGUACCCAUCCCCUGCCUUUUCGGAAAGUUUGGAUCAUGCACCCUUCGACUUUGUGACUACUUAAAAAUGUUCAGAGACCAGGCUGAACCAUUUUAUCCAGAAGGAGUAGAAUAUAAAUGCCCAGUCAAGGCUGGAGAUUAUGGUGGUGACAACGUAGAAGUUGAAAUUCCAGACAUAACUGCUAUUGGUCGUUAUAUAGCAAGGGGAAGGUACCGAACUGAACUGGAAUUAGUUAUUAACCGCAAAACGGAAGCUUGUUAUAGAAUUCUGACUGAACUGAAGUAAUUUUUAUAAUAAUCUAUUGUGAUACCAUUUAUAAUAAGCUAGAGUGUAUGUUACUCAGAAGAAAUGAUAUAAUAAAAUUAUGAAUGUACAUACAUAAGCUAUAAUAAAUGGUUUUUUGUAACUAAAUAUUUAUAAUAAAGCUACUUAAUUCAAA